GAUGUCUAAACCAGAUGCCAAAAAUCUGAAAGAGGAAAUUUAAAAGUUGUAUGACCCAUUGUUAUUUUACUAACAUGGAGAUAAUCCAGCUUAUAAAAGAUAUAUUGAAAUAAUGUAAGAAAAUGCACAAGAGGGUAAACAAAUAGAUCCAAGAACAUAUUUUGUUAAUAAAUUAUAGAGGUAAUAUAUGCUAUUUAUUGUAAUCAGAAUUCAUGUGGCAAGAAACAUUCAAGAUUUUGUUGAGAGAGAUCUAAAAUGCUUUAAUUUUGUUCGAAUCUUCCCAGUUUGGAUAUGUACUACUGGAUUCUUUUUAUAAGGUAUAUAUUAAAUGUGAGUAUUAAUCAGCUGCCUUAACUUAGAGAUAAAUGUUUUUGCCUAUAGGAUAAAGAGGUAUAACUAGUAUAAAAUAGACUUCAUUCUUUUAUAAGUAUGUGAAUGUGAUCAUUAAUAUAUUAGUUUUGGAUAUGUUGGUUUGGCAGGAUAUGGACUAUAUUUAUUAGGAGCAUCUUAUCUCUGGUGGUAAGUUACAAAAAUGACUGCAGUUAAAUUUUAUAGACAUUGUUUACUUGGAGAAAGAUAAUGGUCAUAUGAAAGAGAAAGAUAAAAUAAUACUUAUGGUAAUUACUAUUUCAAAGAUGUUCCAUUGUCAUGUGAGGAGAACUUCCCAGAUUUGGCAAGAGGUGAAAUAGCAAAGAAGUAGAGACCUAAACCAGAAUGGUGAU